ACUGCCAAUAAACACCAGGAGAAGAGAAUGACGACAGCGACAUGGCGAAGGAGAGAAGUGGGGUGAUUCAUGAGUUACUCAGAAAAGCAGAGUUAUUAAAACAAGGAGCGGAGGCCCGAGUGUACCGGGCACAAUUCCUUGGAAGGUCUGUGAUAGUGAAAGAAAGGUUUGCAAAACGCUACAGACACCCAGGACUGGACGAUAAGUUGACUCACCGCAGGACGGUGCAAGAGGUCCGCUCCAUACUGCGUUGCCGGAGGGGAGGUAUAUCUGCCCCUGUAGUCUACUUUGUGGACCACACCUUCCACUGUAUUUUCUUGGAGGAAAUCCUGGGUUCCUUGACUGUGCGUGACCACAUUGCAUUCACUCAGCAGUCUGAUUCCUGUGAGGACCGUGAACUUGAGCAGCUGGCUCAGCGAGUGGGUCAGAUCCUGGCAAAAAUGCAUGACGAGGACGUCAUCCAUGGAGACUUGACCACAUCCAACAUGCUUCUGAGGCGCGGCCAGGAAGACAAAGAGUCAGACCUGGUCCUUAUUGACUUCGGUUUGAGCUACAUCUCUUCUCUGCCAGAGGAUAAGGGGGUGGACUUGUAUGUGUUGGAAAAGGCUUUCCUCAGUACCCACCCCAACACAGAGGCUCUGUUCAAGGUGCUGUUAAAGAGCUACACAGCAUCUUCUAAGAAGUCAUCAGCAGUCAUUAAAAAGCUUGAUGAGGUCCGGCUGAGAGGGAGAAAGAGGUCAAUGGUGGGAUAAGUCUCUCUGGAAAUUAUAUUUCUGAAAACAUGCUAAAAAUAUAAAGCUGUUAUUGUGCAUAAAACAGUUGUUUGUGUAGUAAUAACAAAAAAUAAAGUAUUUCAUGGAAAACCA